UCUUCGUAGAUCAACGAAGCAUUGCGGGUUUUCGAGACUGUCGCGCAUAAUCUCGGUUUAUCUGCACGGUUCUUCUCUAGCAGCGAAUUUGUCGAGAUCUCAUCAUGCCUCUCGACACGUCCACAUACUCGCUCGCGCUCCUCCGACUAGACGGUCGCCGAUGGAACGAGCUCCGCAACAUACAUGCGCAAAUUAGCACACAGGCCGCUGCUGAUGGAUCGUCAUACCUGGAGAUGGGCAACACAAAAGUGCUGUGCACAGUCACUGGCCCAGCAGAGGGUCGCCAGUCAGGACAGCGAGGAGGAAGAGACAAUGAGGCUAAAGUAGAAGUGGAGAUUGGCUUCGCGGGAUUCAGCGGCUUGGAGAGGCGCAAGAGGAAGAACGACAAGCGAACGUCGGAGAUGCAGCACACACUCGAAACUGCCUACUCAUCGCUGCUCCUCACCCACCUCUAUCCGCACUCGACCAUAACCCUCAACAUUCACAUUCUCUCGCAAGACGGGUCACUUCUCGCGGCUUGCAUCAACGCGGCCACACUCGCCCUCAUCGAUGCCGGUGUACCCAUGACAGACUACCUCGUCGCAUGCACGGCAGCCUCAUCAGCAACUUCCGCCGAGUCAGACAACUCAGAUCCCCUUCUCGAUCUGAACAACUUGGAAGAGCAAGAGCUGCCAUUUUUGACAGUCGGCACAUUGGGCAGGAGCGACCGAGUGUCUGUACUCCUUAUGGAGACCAGGGUGCGGAUGGAGCGCGUAGAAGGCAUGCUUGCUGUAGGAAUUGACGGGUGCAAGCGCAUGCGGGAGAUACUAGACGGAGUGGUGAAAGAGUACGGAAAGCGAUUCUCGUGAUCAGGAGGGGAGGUGGUGAAAAGUUAGAUGAUACCCAAAUGGCAGCUGCUUCACGACAGCACAAUGAGCGAACAUUACGAUUACUAGCAUCGGCCGAUGCACAUGUUUGUAAAGAUAGAUUCUUUCUCUUCACGUUCGCAAGUGAAAGGUCUACGUCCGGUACAAAAAAUAAAAUGAAGCCACUCGCCUCGAAGAGACCUCCAAGUUUCCACCUAACCGAUGACACCAAUCAGAUCACUGUU